GAGCCAACGCUCCCAGAAGCUCCAGAACCAUCUAGAUACCAUGCAGCAGCUGGCGUCCAGGAGGCCUCUCGUCCUUUAGAGCUAUCAGCUCAGGGCCAGAAGGCUUACAAAGAAGACAUGGAGUAUUACAAAACACUUACAAAGAGAUACAAGCUCACCUAUUGCAAAUAUAAGAUUAAAUAG